AUCAGCAAUGCAACUUCAAGAGUGGUCAGUCAUACAGGAGUAUCUGAGAGGAGUUUAUUAUAGAGGGAAAGUAUGUCUUGUUGAGGAAGCACAGGGGUAACAGUAGUUAUCGCGAAUUUGCUGAUCGUUGUCUAUCGCGUAAUUUAUAAUAAGGAAAAUAAAAACGGCGAAGAUGGAAAGUGAUUGUCUGACUUUAAGGGACCUGAUAAGUCCGCGUAAAGUCAGAACAGCUAUUGAGGACAACGUUGGCAAAAAUGAUCAGAAGGAGAAUGUGAGGCUAGAAAGAAGGAAAGUGACUCCUCACAAAAGUGACGCCACAUCCACAUCUACUAACGGCAAGAAGGCACAAGCCUCUGAGUUCAUUCACAUCACCCCCAUAAAGCAUCCUGACAGAGUCCACCCAGACCCCUGGACCCCCACAGCCAACCUGAAGAUGUUGAUCAGUGCGGCUAGCCCAGACAUCAGGGACCGAGAGAUCAAGAAAAUCCUCUUCCGACCCAUUGAGAAUGAAGAAAAACUGGUGGUAGUGGAGGAAGAGGAAGAAGAUGCAGAAUUGGAUGACUCCUGCCAGUUUGAUGUGGUGGAAGACUGUGGGGAUGAAUUUGAGAAGCGGCCCAGCCGGAAGCAGAAGAGCUUGGGUCUGCUGUGCCAGAAGUUCCUGGCCCUCUACCCUGAUUACCCAGCAUCCUCUGAAACCAUCAGUAUCUCUCUGGACGAGGUGGCCACGAGCCUGGGUGUUGAGCGCCGGCGCAUCUACGACAUCGUGAACGUGCUGGAGUCGCUGAUGCUGGUGAGCCGCAUGGCCAAGAACCAGUACGUGUGGCACGGACGGCCACGCCUCAGCCAGACCCUGCAGGAACUGCAGCAGCAAGGCCGACGCCAGCGCUACCACCUCCAGAUGGAGCAGACGACUGCAGCCACGGCGACGCGUGGAGGGGCCACGCAGCGGAGCGAGGAGGGAGAUGGCGCUUACGCCACUGCUUGCAGGAGGAAAGACAAGUCCCUGCGCAUCAUGAGCCAGAAGUUUGUCAUGCUCUUCCUGGUGUCCAAAACCCUCACGGUGACCUUGGACAUGGCUGCCAAGAUCCUCAUCGAGGAGAGCCAGGACACUGCCAAUCACAGCAAAUACAAAACUAAGGUACGACGUCUGUAUGACAUAGCCAACGUCCUGACGAGCCUGUCCCUCAUCAAGAAGGUCCACGUGAGGGAGGAGAAGGGCAGGAAGCCCGCCUUCAAGUGGAUCGGCCCCGCCGACUUCCACACCAUCACCGAGGAUUCCGUGGCGGUCAGUGGCAUCCCCUUGCCUCAGGUCAAUGCUGAAGCCCAUCUCACGGUGCCAGCGGGCAGAAGGGAGAAAUUUACACGCCACGCCUCCUUCCAGGUGGUGCCCACCUCCGCUGCCAACCUCAGACUCACAAGCUCAGCGCCCAGCACACCAAACAGUGAUAACUCCGGUCAUCGGGUCGAACCCCUGGAUUUUUCCAGAAAGCUGGGGAGCAGCAGCGCCGCGUGCCGUCUUCAGUUCGGCGAGGCCCCUGGUCUGCAGACUCCAGUGGGUCAGCGCUCCCCAGUGGGUCCCCAGGUGGGGUCCCCAGGCCUCGCCCCGCUGGCCCUCCCCAUCUCCAUUCCCGAGGGGGCCUACAGUGUCCCCACGGCACCUCCCGGCGCCGCCUCCUUCCCCCAGCCCCACCUUGCCUACCUGCCCAGCCUCUCCCAGCCCUCCAUCCUCAUGCUGUACGGGGGCCCGGCCCCCGACGGUCAGGGUCAGGGGUCGUCGCCCAGGGCGGCAGAGGUCCGAGAGAAGAGGAAGAGCGUGAAUGAGGAGGAUGCGGAGCCGAGGACGGUGGGCAAACGAGAGCGACGCGAGGAAGAACAGAAGGCUGAAGCAGAGGGUGCUCAGCAGGGCCCCAGAGUUUCUACCCACUGCCUGCAGCUCGGCGUGCCCGUCAGCGAGGCCCAUUCCCGGGACGAGGGAGAGAGACAUAGCCCUGCGGUGGCCCAACCUGCAUCACACUACCUCUACGUUCCCAACUCUGCAGGCCUGAACUUCCUCCUCUCCGCGGGUCACUCUGCAGGCGGCGUGGCCAUGUCCCCCGGCGGUGUGGCGCUGUCCCCGGGCGCGAUGUCCUCUCUGGCCGUGCCCUACGUGCUAGUGCCCUCCUCCGCCCUCUCCUCCUACCCGGCGGCACUGCUCACCAACGGCUCCGUGGACUCGCACGCCCACCCGCCGGGCAUCGGUUUCAACGUGCCGACCAUGAUGUCGCCCGCGCACUUUGUGGUCAGCCCAGGUGCCUUCGCCUUGGCGUCCCCCUCCACUACGCUGUCCGCCCCGGAGCACUCCUUCCUGGGGGUCUCGGCUAUCCCGGCGUCCCCUGCCACGGUACAGAGGCAGCAUGACCGCUUGCCUCUCUCUGACCCUCACACCCCUCUGACCCCUAAGGAGGCCAUGGUCCCCGGCUCUAAGUCCUUCUUCCAGACGCCAGGCACCCUGGGAAGCACGCCCGUCACCUUGGAGACACGCAAGCGAGGCUCUGCCCAGAGGAGACUGGACAUCGGCAACCCAGUGGCCAACUGAAGGUCACGUGGAGGUCGUCCACCCCCACCCCCCCACUCUGGCGGCCUCAGCUGCGGCGUGAAGUGGUGCUCUGUGGGACUCCUGGCACUCCACCGCAGCUUCGGUGGUUACGCAGCAGGGUGGACGUGCUGAAAGGGCUUGAACAGCUGCAACUGAUGCAGGGAUUUCACUUGUUAAAGUCUUUUAUAGAUAUCAGAUGAUCACACUGCCCUCUUGUGGUCACUGUAAAGCAUAUGAGUGGGGGGUAGGGGGUACAUUUAAAAUUCAAUCCCUGCUUCUAAGCAUGACCAAAAAAAAAAAAAAAAAAGGCUACCUGACCCAUUUCCUCUGUUUAAAUUGUUACAUUAUUAAUAAUUAUUCCCCAACAUUAUUUAUAUGUGAUAUUUUCUUAAUGGGAAAAAUUGAGCACUACUAUUUUGAGUUCCAGUAAGGUCUAAAACAGUUCAUUUAACCAAGCAAAGCAUUAUAGGCCAGAAGGUAAACCGUACCUUAGCGAAGCUAAAAGCUAUGUCUAUCAGUGUUAGAAUCUUAUAUUGAACAGGGUAAUGUUUUAAAAAUGUAUAGAUAUACAAAAUGGCAGAAAGAUUGGUUUUAGGGUUUCUAAAGAGUUUUCCAGGACUGUACUGGUUAGUUAUAACGUGUUAUAUUAGACCUCGAGGUUUUGAUGAAACCUUCCAUUUCAGGAAUGCAGUCCUAUUUUUCUAAAUAUGCAAACACUAGAGUAAACAAAGUAAUACAAAGCCUUGUUAUUGUCCUGCGAAAGUCAAUAUUCAAAAGGUUUUUCAGAAUGUGCCUUGAUUUUAUCCUGUGUUGUGUUGUGCAUCUUUGUACAUGCACCCAUUGCUGUGUGAUUGUAGGGUUAUAUCCCAUGGGACAUGGGUUCCAUUGGCUAAGCUUGUGCCAUAUGUUAUCACUUCUGACAUUAAACACGUUCCAAGAAGCCUCAGAGGUUAGGAACGUUUAGAGAACCCAGGCAUAACGUUUAGAAAACACUGCGUGGCGGUCUCUUCAAGCAGACCCCAGCCAGAGCCACACUAGUGAAUGUCGGAACAUACUUGAAAUGAAGUGACAAUGUUUUUCACCUGGCAAGCACCCAGGGUGGCUUAUCACUUAUCCUAGGUACUGUAAGAAAAUGUGCCAAAUAUCUCUGUCCUGGUGCUUGUGCUUUUGAGUUGCAGGAGGUUUGGUGCAUAUAGGAUGAUUGUGUUGUGCGUUUCACAAAAAAUGUGAAAUGAUCAUUAACUUGAACUGUGGAUACUUUUUUUUUUACCUAGCCUUAUGUUUUGUAGUAUUUGUAAUUAUUAAUGUUUGUGUACUCUUGUCAAUAUGUUGAUGCUUCAACAUGGCUGUAUGUUAAUUUAAUGCUGCUUUUUAAAACUUCCAUUACACUGUUAGUUUAUACCCCUCCAUCUGCUCCUGCCUAGGUCAUAUGUACAUCCAUUCACCACAGUGUUCCUUUUAGAAGAGCCCUUAUAACGGUCAUGGACCAAACUGGUGUCAUAUUACAAAACAAACUUUUG